AUGGAGAACGGCAAAACAGAAACAGAAGACAAGAUGGAGGGUGUGUCAGAAGAAGAAACUGUGGAGGAGGCAAACCUGGAGAUAGCUCAGCUGCAGGGCCUGGUGGCUGAGCUGCGUGAGGGGCUCCACGUUGCCCUGACGGAGCUGUGCGAGCUGCGUCAGAAGGACCUCGGCCUGGAGGAGAAGCUCCAGGCCCACCAGACUGACGUGGAUGAUAAGAUAAUGGGCCUCAAGAACUCGCUCAACACGUUCAAGGAGGAGCUGAGCGUGGCGUUGUUCCACAUCAAGGACGUAUCCAACAGACAAAGAGAGGUUAUGAAGAGGAUAGAGCUGCUGCAGUUGGAAAACACCAAAGAUAUCAUGUCUGUUCCACACAGCAGGAAGAGCUCCAAGGCAGAUGUGCUCACGGCAUCAGGGGACGAACACAUCUGUAUGCCCAACCAAUCAGAACUCAGUGUUAUUCAGCACUACUUUUCCAGUCUGCCACAUAGCGGGUCGCCACAGAGGAGCAACACAUCAACACAGACCUCCACCUCUGAGCAGGAGGCCCAGCAGCAGAGAGGUUGUCAAUCCAAAUCUCCAGCGUGGGGAGAGAGAAAGAACAGCAGAGAUGAGACUGCUACACCCAACAGUAUGACUGAAAACAAUAAGAGACAGAGAGCAGCCCUGGAACUGCUGGAGUCAGAGAGAGUUUACGUGUCCCACCUGUCUCUCUUACUGAAGGCCAACAUCUCCUUCAAUGGAUCAGAAGCUCUCACUUCCAAAGACAAACGUCCAUUUCCCAGCUCUCUGAGGUUUCUGAUCCAGCAGCACCUCGAGCUCCUGCAUACUCUCCAGGAACGAGUGCUCAAGAGCCAGUGGCAAGGCCUCAUGGGAGAUGUAUUCAUGAGGCUCACCAGCAAAGAGAGUGACUUCCUGGACUUUUAUGUGUCCUACCUGAAAGAGCUUCCAGACUGUCUGUCAGUCGUCACCAUGCUUGCUUCCAGCUCCAUGAAAUCUUCCACUUUACUGGAGAGCGACAUAAUGGGUGAUGAAUCCAAACCCUCCCUUCACACUCUGCUCCUCCAGCCGGUUCAGAGGAUCCCUGAGUACCUGCUGUUGUUACAGGGGCUGCUGAGGCAGACAGACGCAGAGCAUCCUGACUACUACCUGCUGCUGGUGUGCAUCCAACAGUUCAGAUCCUUCACGGCUCAGUACCACCACCUCCUCCAGCACAACCAGGAGCUGCUGAUGCACAACCGCAAGGAGGUGAAGAGGUCUACCAUGAAACAGCUGUUAAAGACAGUGGAAAGUGGGAUUCAAGCCAACAGCAUUGGCUCACCGUACCCUUGCAGUAGUGUCAUGUUAGAACAUGCUAACCAGAUGAAACGUACCAAGCAGCGUCUUCUGGAGCAAAUCCCUUCUCAUCGCUUCCAGGAUUGGGAUCGGAACCAGGAUCCUGAAACUCAUUGUUACGACACAGAGUGGGGCUCCCAGCUCCCGUUCUUCAGCCCAGAACUGGAUUCACGAAACCACAAACCAGCAGGUCUUGGCAGUAUCCCAGAGAGUGAGGCAUCUGACAGAUCCAUGUCCUGUCAGCAUCAUCUGCCCUCUAGACCUGCAGAUUUCCGUCAGGUUCAACCAGGCUCUGCUCUGGCUGAUGCCCUUGGAGAGUUCCUUCUCCCUCCAGACCCUCCAGGGAUGGAGAGCCUCUAUGAAGAGGAGGGAGGCUCCCUUCAUGAUGUCUCCAUGUUUGACCGCUGCUCUUCUGCCUCUUCUGAUUCAUCCAUUGACAUUGCCUUUGUGAAGUGCCCUAAAGCCCCCUUGACAUCACACCAUGCAAUGGCAGCAAAUGUGUCAACAAACCGUGACAUCUUUGGCAAUGGUGGAAGCCAGGGGAAUGGCUACAGCAAACUGCCCAAUCGAGGGUGUGUGUCUCCGGAUGAGGCUGUAAUGAUGCGUCGCAAUCAGCAUCGCCCCCUUCAGGCCAGCCAGCGCAAAAGCAAGUCACUGAACGGCCUGCAGAUGGAAAACACAGUGAGUAGUUUGGAUAGUGGUCCUCUAUCAGAUCACCUCCAAAGAGUGGGACUGGGCAGCCAUGCCAAGCUGGAGCGCCAAGGCAGCAGGGGCAGCAAAGGGUGUCCCACCCCAUCCCGUAAGAUCCACAGCCCCUUGGGGAACAGAGUGGAUACUGAAAAAACGAGCGAUGAUCUUCACGGACUGCUCAGCAUGGACUCUGGGAUCCAAUCGUGGGGGGAUGAGACAAAGUGGAGGGGUGCCACUGAAGAGAAUAACCAUACUCCCUUCAGCGAGAGGAGUCGGAAGCAGGACAAAGGAGGCUUUAGGAGUUCGUUCAAGAAACUGUUCAAGAAGAAGAGUGGUGAUGAGAAGAAAGAGAAGGGAGGUGAGAAAACGCCAGAAAACCAGAACAACUGUGACCACGAUACAUCGGGGAAAAAUCCCAAACUGGUGCAUCUGGACAUAAAUCGUGGCACAGCUGUAUGA